GAGUACAUCGUCCGAGUCCAGAGGGGCGUCUCUUCAGAGAACAGCUGGCAGGUGAUCCGGCGUUACAGCGACUUUGAUGUUCUGAACAGCAGCCUGAUGGUGUGCGGCAUCAGUCUCCCUCUUCCUCCCAAGAAGCUAAUCGGAAACAUGGACAGGGAGUUCAUAGCAGAGAGGCAGAGAGGACUACAGACUUAUCUAGACACAAUUACCCAGCAUCCCCUGCUUUCCAGCUCCAUGUUUGUGAAGAAGUUCCUUGACCCCAACAACUACUCCGCCAACUACACAGAGAUCGCCCUGCAGCAGGUCUCCAUGUUCUUCAGGUCGGACCCGAAGUGGGAGGUCCAGGAGCCUCUCAGAGACGUCGGGCCUGAAGCUCCUCCACGAUGGCGGCGUAUUUUUCGGUCACCUCCACGCGUCCAACAUAAUUGUGGAUGACGGCGUGUGUCGACUGAUGGACGUAGAGAACGGCAUGCUGGGAGUUCCCUCAGCGCUGCGACCUGCCUUUACCCAGCUCAGGAAGAUCAAUUUUAAGUACGAAGAUGGACGUACGGCCGUCCCAAGACAGCAUCCCAUCGAUCAAUACCCCACUGUCCCCUACACCGCUGUGGUGUCAGUGCUGCAGUCCAUCCUGUCCACAGAAGCCUGUAAGAGCGGGAUGCCAACAGUGUCGGAGCUCAUGCAGACACCGCUGUUCAGUGACGUCCAUCUCCAACACUCAGAGAAACUCCAGAUCAAGGUUCCCAGCAGACUAAAAGAGGCGCUGAAGACGGCGAAGGAGAGUCUGGAGAAGAGGCUGCAGGAGGAGCAGAGAGUGCUCCACCAGCACCGGAGACUGACCAGAGCUCAGUCGCACCACGGCUCAGAGGAGGAGAAGAAGAGGAGGAAGAUUCUGGCGAGGAAGAAGUCCAGACAGUCGGCUUAUGAAAAUGAAGAAGACGUCUCUGUCAGAAACAACAAUAACUCUGGUUCUGGAGCCAGUUCUCCUCCCACAUGCCCCUCCUCCCCCACCCCUCCAUCCACUACAGGAGCCCGGACUGCUCCGCCCCCUCCUCCACCUCCACCUCCUCCUCCCCCUCCGAUGCCGGACUCCUCCUCUUCCUCCUGUCCUCCUCCCCCUCCUCCUCUGUCCUCCUCUGACGGAGCGGGAGGAGGUCGCUCCGCCUUGCUGAGCUCCAUUCAGACCUUCAGUAAGGGCAAACUGAAGAAGGCCGAGACCACAGACCGCAGCAAACCCAUCACCUGAACCCGCCCACCACCACCACCACCACCACCACCAC